AAUUUUGAAUAUUAAAAAAAAAAAAACAAUAGAGCAUAACCGAGAUUGACUUCACAGUUCAGUUCACACACACUUUUGUUGUUGCCAUUUGGUAUUUGCCAAUGCUCCACUCCAUACUCUCAAGCCCUCCCCGGCCCCACCUCCACCCAUUCUCCACCGCGGCCGCCGCCGCCAUCGCCGCUAACAGCGUCCCCGCCGCCGCCUCCCUCCCCUCCUCCUCCUUCACAAUCCAGCCCCCAAUCCACCCCUGGCCCCGCCGCCUCACCCCUCACAACCUCGCCUCCCUCAUCUCUCGCCAGCACGAUCCCAACCUCUCCCUCCAAAUCUUCCACCAUGCCCACCCCUCACUCUCCCACGCGCCCCAGCCCCUCCACGCGCUCUUCCUCAAACUCUCACGCGCCCGCCUCUUUUCCCACCUCGAGUCCCUCCUCACGCGCCUCCCCACCCCCCCACCGGAGCCCCCUCUCACCACCCUCAUCCGCGCCUACGGCGUUGCCGGAAAACCCCUCUCCGCCCUCCGCCUCUUCCUCAAGUUCCAACCCCUCGGCCUCAGGUCCCUCAACGCCCUCCUCAACGCGCUCGUCCAGAACAAACGACACCGUUUGGCACACUCCGUGUUUAAAAGUUCCACCGAAAAAUUCGGGCUUGUACCGAACGUUGUUAGCUGCAACAUUCUGCUCAAGGCUCUGUGUAAGAGGAACGAGGUUGAUGUCGCGGUUAGGGUUUUGGAUGAAAUGAGUUUGAUGGGUUUGGUUCCCAAUGUGGUUAGUUACACCACUGUUUUGGGUGGGUUUGUGCUUAGGGGCGAUAUGGAGAGUGCUAUGAGGGUUUUUGGUGAGAUUUUGGAUAAAGGUUGGAUGCCUGAUGUAACCUCGUACACUGUUUUGGUGAGUGGGUUUUGUAGAUUGGGGAAGUUGGUGGAUGCAAUUAGGGUAAUGGAUUUGAUGGAGGAGAAUGGGGUUCAGCCUAAUGAGGUUACUUAUGGUGUGAUGAUUGAGGCUUAUUGUAAAGGGAGGAAGCCGGGGGAGGCGGUGAAUUUGCUCGAGGAUAUGGUUACGAAGGGGUUUGUGCCGAGUUCAGUGUUGUGUUGUAAGGUGGUUGAUUUGUUGUGUGAGGAGGGGAGUGUGGAGAGGGCUUGCGAGGUGUGGAGGGGGCUGGUGAGGAAGGGGUGGAGGGUUGGUGGCGCGGUCGUGAGUACGAUCGUGCAUUGGCUUUGCAAGGAGGGGAAGGUGGUGGAGGCGAGGGGCGUGUUGGAUGAGCAGGAGAAAGGGGAGGUUGCGAGUUCAUUGACCUAUAACACACUGAUUGCGGGGAUGUGCGAGAGAGGGGAGCUUUGCGAGGCAGGGAGGCUGUGGGACGAGAUGGUGGAGAAGGGUCGCGCUCCGAAUGCUUUUACUUAUAAUGUGUUGAUUAAGGGGUUUUGUAAGGUUGGUGAUGUGAAGGAGGGUAUCAGGGUUCUGGAGGAGAUGGUGAAGAGUGGAUGCUUGCCUAACAAAUCGACAUACUCGAUAUUGGUUGAUGAGAUUUCUCUUUCUGAAGGAAAGAAAGAGGAAAUUGACAAGGUAGUUUUGUUGGCCAUGACGACCGGAGUUGAUGGUGAAUUGUGGGAUCUUUUCUUAAAACUUGUUGUGGAUAAUUUAGAUGGCAAUGCUGCUGAGCUUGAUAGGAUAUUAACAGAGAAUUUGGUGUGAUAAUGAAAAUUCUUUGGGAUGUGCGGUUGUGUCUGAUCUUUGGAAGGUUCGAAGGUUACGACAAAAGGGGAUUGAAUGCUGGGCACUGUUUAUCCAAUGUAAAGGCAUUCUUAUAUGUUGUAUACUUUCCAGAUAGUAAACUUGAAAGUGUUAAUCAAUUGAUCGGGGACCAUUUUCUUACUGGAAUUUUGUGCACAAUUUGUCUGAUUACAAUGGCAGAUCAUUAUUGCUGCACAUUGACACCAAGUUUGUUACAAAGUUUAAUUUUCAUCCCCUUCAACUCAUGGAAGGUUUUGAUUAUGAUAACAUGGUCACAUGAGUUAUUUCUUUUGUAGUCGCCUAAGACUGGAAAUGGAUGACUAAACAAAGGGAAUUGAUGAAUGUUUUGUAUGUUGAAUUACGUGAUUUCUUUUGUGGCAUGUUUGAAGAAUGAAAUAGGUUAUGGAAAUUGAGUCUGAGUUGUUCAAUAACUUGAUUUUACAGGUUCCAGUGUUUGACAGCAGGGUCUCAUUCCAUUACUGCCUGUUGAGUGAGUCUGUGUUAUGUUUGAACUAAUGAAAGAUAAUCAAAUCAUUGGAGGGUUCAGCUGUUCAAUAACUGUUUGUAUUUAAAAAAGAGUUGCAUCUUAGUAAGAUGUAGCUAUGAUAGGCCGUUACUGACUGUGAGCUAGAUUUUCUUGUUGCUAUUUUGGGCCUGCUUGUAAACCUAGUGGAGAAUGAUAGCCAUUACAAGUGAUUCAAAUAGUUUCUGGACUGGCAGUUAGUAGUGUUACACUAGCAUUAGGAAUGAUGUAAAUAUGGACAUAGUAAUAGAAAAGGGACAUCAAAAGAAAAAUGUUAAUAUUCUUUAUUUCUUUUCUCA